CUGUGACCGGAGAGAGAGGUUGCUUAUGAAGAACCAGAGAAAAAUAAGAGAGAAACCAAUCUAUCGGAGGCACUAGAGAAAGGUAUUGCGGGUCCUUUUCUGCUGACAGUACAAGCAGAGAACUGUUUGCUAGAAGCGGUCGACAUCUGUUUUUGACCCAGCUGGCUACAGAACAGCGCGCUACCCGGUGAGUGCUGCUGAACAGCUGACAGCACAGCUGAUAGGCCAGCAUCUACCUUGUGGCACGCGCUAUGCGCACAGGAGGGUGGAGGAGGCUAGAGGCUCUACCCUAUCUUUUAUCUGAAGGAAUGUUACGAAUUCCAGCACUGGGAGUAGCAGCUGGUCGCCCUUGUAUGGGGGUGGGAACAAGGCCAAGCUUGAUUCUGACGCCAUCAAGAUCAUCCAUUGCAUCUACUGCAAGGACUGUCGCAUGGAGAAGCUAGCAGCAGAACAGGCUCGUGCUGCAGCUCAAGCUGGUCAUGCCAUUUCUGCUGACUUCUCAGGUGCCUCUGGAGACACCCCAGAACCAGUCCCACCAACCAGUCCUCAGGUCUCCCUUGACCAAGGAUCCAUACAACAUACCAUGGACAAAAACAAAGAAACUCUGAAAAGAAAGUUGAUGUUAAGGCGGUCAGUAAAUGAGCUAGUGGAGAGAGGCAUCUAUCCUUCUUUAAAGACACCCCCAGCAUUUGCAGGACAACAAAAGCAGCUUGAAAGGGCAAAGACAGGAGACCUUCUUAGACAUAAGAUUCAGCAGAGACCAGACAGAAGCGAACUGGUGCAGCAGCACAUUCUUGAAGACACUGGUUCCUUGGAUCCCUCACUUGUGGAGAGACAGCGCCUUUUGAAGCGAGCACGCUUAGUGGAUGGGUUGAAUGACAAGCUUGCUCAUAGGCCAGGUCCACUGGAACUUGUGCAGGGCAAUAUAUUGCUUUCUUCUGAAGAACUUUCAGAGGCAAUCAAAGAUGGAAAAGUGCAGUUUAACAAAACUUGUGAAGGUGAGGAUCCCAACAACAGAAUGCGUCGCUUUACUUUUGAUGAGGAAAGUGCCAGCAGCGACGGCAUUCCCUCUCCUUCUUUGGAUGACUCCAGCCUGUCAGACAUCAGCAGCCCAAACUCACUGCCUUCGUUACCAGACUUGUCUGCUUUGCAGAAAAGUCCACUUAAUUUCAUGUCAGCUUUUAGUGGGAAAGGGUUACAGCUGAUGUCACCUCCUCAUGCUGUCCUGGCUAGCUUGUCCCCUGGAAAUUCCAGCCAGGAUCAUACAUGUGCUUCAACAUCAGGCCAGCAGGUCAGCUCACCUAAAGGUUCUGGUGUGCUGGGUCUCAGCAGCAGCUCCAAUGGGAGCAAGACCAGACCUAAGAAACAGAAGCACAAACCAACAUCAAAAGCAAAGGUGAUAAAGUUCCAUGAGUACAAGGGGCCGCCAAAUGUUGUCAAAAGCCAGUCCAGCAGCCAAAGUAGCAAAGACUCAGAAACUCCUUACCACAUAUUGCUGCAGCAGCAGCAGCUAUUUUUACAGUGGCAACUAGAGUUCAAGCAAAAGAACAUGCCCUUUGUUGUUUCUUCCAGCAACUCUAAGCCUGCAUCUGGUACUCAGGCUGUUGUCAUGGCUGCAUCAUCACAGAGUGGCUCAGUGGGCACAGCCACUACCAUGAUGGUUACAUCACCAGUCAUGUCCACUACUCAGACCAUAUCUUCCCAACCCUUGGUUGCACCCCUACAGUCUAUUCAGUCUCAUCCUACUGUCAUGCAUUCUUCUGUUUCUUUACCAGCCCCACCUCCACCACCCCCACCACCCCCUCCACCCCCACUUCCAUCUUCACAGCAGCCACAACCUGUGAAUACAGUACCAGUAACAUCCACACCCUUACGUCCUGUUCCUAAUCAGGGAACAAAAGCUAACCCUGUGUCUGUGGCGGCCUUAUCCAUGCCAAAAAUUACUGUCAACCUUGAAGAUCUUAAAGUUGCAGAUCUAAAGGCAGAACUGAAGAAGCGCAACUUGCCAGUGUCAGGUUCAAAGCCACAGCUGAUUGAGCGGCUGAAACCUUACACAGAAGUUUCAGCAGGAGGAACCCCAAAUAGUAAUAUGAACAUUCUAGCCCUGUCACCUUCAGGCUCUAAGAACCCAUCUCCAAGUCCUCCAGUACCAACCCCAACUCCUACUCCCCCACCUGCAUUGCUGCAUAUUAAAAAAGAACCUGGUAGCGAGUGUGCCAUGCAGACCUGCACUAUUUCCCCACCAGCAAUAAGUACAUCCUUUGCAUCUUUAAUAAGGACAGCUGUGAAGGAGGAGCCAAUGGCAACAGGUGGAAAUUCACCACCGGAAUCACCACCCAUGGUUGAAAGUAGCACAACUCCAAUGUCUCCUGACAUUUAUGAUAUGGCAUCGCCCCCAGCACUCACCUUUAGUAGUUCGCUGCUGGGCAGUCCCCAGCUAUGCACUGCCAGCAGCACAAUGACUGCAGUCAACACUACCAUUGGGUCCACAGCUCAGCCAAUGGUCUUGGACCAAUCGCGGCCUCCUUCAACCAGAACUUCAGAUACCUUGGAAGGCCUAGGACCCAUGGAUGUGGAGCCUGUGGAUCUAGGCUCAAGCUUGUCUGACUUCAAAACCAUUGCUUUGCCUAUUUCCCAGCUUAAUGCCAAUUUGCAUAAGCCACAGCUCACACCAGCUCAGCAACAACAGCAGCAGAUCACUGCAUCUACAGCUCUUCUACAAUUAGAGCAGCUGCAGCAGUUGCAAGCUCAGCUACAAAUGCAACAAGCACAGGUGCAGGCUCACAUGCAGCAAGCACAGAAGCAGGUUCAUGUCCAGCAGCAACCACAGGCCCUUUCAGUGCAAGUCCAGGCUCAGCUCAAUGGCCAGCCACAAGUGCUGCAGGUCCAUGCUCAGUCACAAGCUCAGCCCCAGUCUCUCAUAUCACAGCCUCAGGUACAGAUUCCUGCUGCAACAGUUAGCCUGGCUUCAGUGGCACCAUCCCUGCAAUCUCAGCUGACCACAGCAACUCUUCAGAGUCUGGGCAUCAACUUGGGUACUUCUGCCAGUGGCACUAGCUCGGGCAUGAGCACAAGCGGCUCCAUGAAUUUCACGCCACAUGCAGUUGAGAGUGACGAUGUGGUCAAGGCCCAGGCAAAGCAGAUUGAGGAACUUCAGCGGCAGUUGCAGGAAUCCCAAAUAAAGCUGCAGAUGCACAUUCUGCAGCAGCAGCAACAGCAGUAUCUUUUGCAGCAACAGCAGCAGCUUCAAGGGCAACCAUUGCUGCAAGUGCAUUUGCCUCAGACUUCAACUCAGUCUUCUCCACCAUCAUUAAUUGCACAGCGACAACUGGUAUCACCUGCUGGUCAUCCUAUCAUAGCACAGCCACAACUCUCACCACAGCCACAGGUGGAGCUGUCAACAGCAUUGCAGCAACAGCAGACCACACAGCAACAGGCAGCUUCAGCCCAAACUUCAACAACAUUGUUAAACACCAUGCAGAUUAACUUGGCCAAUUCUGCUUUGAAUGUUCCGGCUACUGGCAGCAAAGAUGUCAAAAUGCAGACAUUGACAUCUGCAACAGGGACUACACCAAGUGUUAUCAAUUCAGUGUGCCUGGCACAGGGGUCCAAUCCUUCAACAAUGAAGAAGAUACAGAUCCCAACUAACUUUCUUCAACAGACACCACAACAGCAACAACAGCAGCAUCAACAACAAGGAGGGCAGAGUACUUCUCCAGUUAUUAUAACUUCUGCCAUUGGUGAGAGCUCAAAUAAGCUUACUGGUAAACCCAGUUUGAAUGAGUUUUUAAAGAACCAGGUUUUGAAUCAGGGGCUGCACAAGUCUUUGUCUUACCCUGCUACAUCCCUAGCCACUGCUAAUAAUGCCAACAUGCCCUUCAUCUUCACAGCUGGGCCAGCAAAGCUGGCAGCAUCAAUGAAUGGUAUCAACCAGCCAGGUAGGACAGUAUCUAUGCCUGGAGCACCAUCUGAAGACCAAAAGCUGCAAGUCUCUCGAACAGUUCCAAACCCAUUUUUUAGCAUUCCUCUCAAAGAGCCACCAAAGUAUGAUGAAGCUGUCCGAAGCAAGCAGCAGCAGCAUAGCCCAGUGAUUCUGAAUAAUGCAGUCAGCACAGGUAGUGAUGGUAGUGGUAGCAGCAUUGUGACAGGGUCUGCACCAGUCCAGAGCCAUCUAACAAGCCUCAAGUGUCAGGCCAUGGAUGACGUACUUGAGAUCCUGAUACGCAAUGGAGACCUUCCCCCAAGUGCUGCUGAGGAACCAUUGCCCACACCAAAGACAACAGAAGCGCAACCUCUACCAUCUUUACCAACUUCUACAGUCAGUCAAGGAACACCCAUUUCUUUGUCUGUAGCAAUGUCGUUGGCACCUGGUACAUUUUCUGUACCUGUAUCUUCACUGCCUUCAGCCCCAGUUAGCAGCCCAAGUAGUGGCAGCAUUUCACAACAGCUGCAGGUUACCCCAUCUUCUCCUACAUCUGUUAGUAUGACUGUCAGUGAAACUCUAGUGGACAGUGCCCACCAGCUCAACACCAAAACCUUUGCCUCAGACACUAGUUCCCCUCUUGUGACAGUGCUGCCAUCAGUCCCUGAUCAGCGCAUCAACCUCAGCAGUGAACUGUUGGAUCUAACAGAGAUGUUGUCUGGAGACUUGAAUGCCAUGGAGUGGACAUCUGAUUCUGGUUUUGUGGGACUAGAUCUUAAUGAAGCCAGCAUGCACCUUGGUAGCAGCAAUACUGUUGGCUUUGGACUAGCAGAUACAAGUCAGACAUGUUCUGGAGAGCAUAGUCUGGUUGUGCCUGUUGCAGGCCAAAAACGCAGCAUGAGGGACAGCAGUGGUAGCUUAGGGGGCUGCAGCAGCACUAAUGGCUCAGAACCAGACCUGGCAUCGCUAGGCUUGAACGAUGGUGACCAGGAUGGGGAUGGGACAGGCAUGCAGAUUGAUGUGUCGGACUGGUUAGAUGUGAUCAUGCCAAGCACAGGGCUAACCCCACUGAGUACCAAUGCCCCUGUUUCCUUUUCUGCUGAUCCCAUCCUUACUCCUAAGACUCAGCAAGAAGUUCUGGACUUGUUCAACUUUGAUGAUGGAGAGUUCACCACACCAUCAGAGCCAGGGAGCACAUUUCUGUGGGACAAAUUGGCUGAGCCCAGCACCAGCUCCAGCUAGUCAAGAGUCUACAUCUAUGUGUGCUAUAAGAAUCAUUUCCAGAAUCCUGUACUUCUUUUGGAGGAUGUGUGUUGCAGUUGAUUCUCCACCAUCUUCUGUUACAAAGUGAAAAUAGCUUAAAAGGAGUACAGUUAAUUUCAGCUUGCAACUUACCGGAACAGAGCUAUUGUUUAGACAUUAGAGAGACUGUGAUCGCCUAUCAGUGAAAAACUGUGAACAGGUUGGUAGUAGGCUAAAACAGAGCAAAAAAAAAAAACCCAACCAAAUAGAAGCAACAUGACCAGACAUUAACACAAAUGUGCAGUUGAACGUGAUUUACAUUUCAAGAAUUACACCUACACUGCAGGUUAUGCAUGGGUGUGUCAGCUUAAUAAAUUAUUCAUCAACAGCAUGCAAGUGCUAAAAGUAAUGGGGCCUUCAUCACAAGCAUCUUUAUGAUUUUUUUUUUUAAGCAAUGACUACCUUGAUGAUGUGGUGUGCAGUGUAGCCUCAAGGCUUUGACAGAAAAUUCGUACAAUUUUUCUUUCUUCCUUAACCUUUUUUUUUGCUGAAAAAGAAGGCAAAUACAAAAUGAUAUCAGAUGAUCUUGCAGAAAUCAAAAUGAGACUGCACUUAUUUAAAAAGAAAACUGGGGAGUUAUAUUAAGCAUCUCCAUUUCUAUGUCAUAACCUAUUUCGGUCUGCUAGCUUUUUCACUAGCACUGGAAAUAAUUACUUGGAAUGCCCUGUCAGGGUAAUAUGACUGUUCUUGCAGUCACAUCCUGCUUGUUAAUGUCUUGUUUUGAGAAUAUAGAUGCCAGAAUGUGCUUGAAUGGAUGUUGUAUGUCAUGUGAUCCUUUUGGACCAAGUGCCUAUAAAACCUAUUGCUGGUCUGUGAAACAAGUGUUAGCAAGCUGAGAUAAAUCAUUGUUUGAUUGCACAUUGGCCUUGCAGGUUUUUCCCUUAUCAAGAUGUGACCCCUGUGUGUUUGCGAUAUAUAAUAGAAAGAUCAUACCUUGAAAAAAGUGUGAAUAGUAAGUGCAUGAAGGAUUUUUUUUUUUUUUAAUUAAAUGUGUAUUGUUUUCCUCCAGCUUCUCAUGUUGCUUUGUUUUGCUUUUUAUCAACCUUCUAGAAAGGCAAUACAUUUUUUGUAAAUUUAAAUUUGAUACUUUUGCUUAAAUUUGUUUUUAGAAAUGUGUAUAGAUGAUUUGAUAGGAAUCAGAUGAUCUGUGCUGUGUACAGAAGUGCAUGAUGUUGGUGUCACCAAAAUAUUUUGAUUCAGGAAGAAAGGAAAGGGGCCUUUCCACAGGAUUGGAGCUCUUCAGACAAUUUGGAUAUUUAAGUGCAGGCCUUGAUGCCCAGCUAGUAAGUUGUCUUAAUUUUUUGGGAGGAUGAUGGGGGUUACUAGUCAUGCUGUUUCAACAUGAUAUGCAUCACACUUCAACACCUUUGUUUUAGUUUGUGUAUUUAUAUUAUUUGUGUGUGCCUUUGUUUUAAGUAGUUGAUUCUGGAUGUGAUAUUGAACAGCUUGUGUUCCUUCUCCAUGAUUUCCCACCCCACUUAGUUGACAGCUGUUCACAGCAUUGUGGUCUGUGCUUUUUUGGGUCCAUACUUACGGAUUGUUUGCUUGGUUUGAUCUGUUUAAAGAUAUUUUGUUACUAUGCCUCAGCAUCACUGGUCUGGUUUUCCACAUAACAAAGGGGUUGCUGUGCUCCUUUGUGGAUUUCAGUCUCCAUUAGUUUGUCUGACUAUGCAUUCCAUAUUUUAUGCAUUAAUUUAAUUAACAAAAGUCUUUAUAUGGAAAAUUACUGCAUACGUGCAGCAGACUAUUAACCCUAGAGGCUUUUAAGUUGUCUGAUGCUUCUAGAGUUGCUACUUUAUGAAACUGGUCAAAUCUCCUUGUUUCAUCUUGCCCCAUCCCUCUUUUAUUUUUAAAUAAGAUAAGGGUUUUGGAGGGUUUCAAUACACAGAGCUUGAUAUUUUUUUAUUGUUAUAUUUUUUCUUGUUUUGAGAGAUGAACAAGACAGUAAAGAAAAAACCCAACAAGUAUAUUUCACUCACAUAAGUAAGAAGCAUGGUAUGAACAGUGGUCAGCACCAAGUUGGCUGUUUUGAUACUGACCUCCAUUGCCCACCUCCCAAGUUUUCCUGUCUCUGUUUCUUUUUUGUGUCAUUCUUAAGACCAGUGUCCCUUCCAAGCCAAGUCUUGGCUAAGAUAUUAAAAAAUUCAUUAAAACUAAGAUGUAUGUCUUUAAAAAAAAAUGCUUGUUUGCUUGGCAUAUAUUUUUGCUUUUCACACUAACUGCCUGGUGACAGUCCAGAUGCUACUGGGGACCAUAUCUUUCCAAUAUUGCUUAUAUAUGCUAUGUUCCACCACUGAUUUUACCCUCCAUUUUAAGACUUUGAAACAGUCCCAUGAAAUACUUUUUUGAAAGCUUGACCUUUAGACCAGCAACAGCUUCAGGUCUUUCUGUUCAUGUGACUGCAGUUGAGAAGGAAUCAGCAACAUUUCUCAGACAUGUAGAGCUACAUGUCUGGUUUGAUCAGUGCACAUUUCCUUUCUGGUUAUGUUUUAGGAAGGACAUUUUUUUGUGGACCACAGAUUAUUUUCACAGAAAAUUCCUCUGUUGGCAUUCUGUGAAUCUGUAGUCAUGUUUUCAGCAAUCUUUCGGUAGCUCUGUCAAUAUUUCUUUGACAUCAUGCAAUCAUAAUUUUUUUCUUCCUUCAUUCCUAUUUUAACAGCUUUACUAAUUCCCUGCUGGAGGUGAGUGGAAGAUAAUGCAGCAGCAAAUAUCUAAGCUAACUUAGAAGAGCCACACCAAUUUGAGUUUUUUAAUGUAGUUCAGAGUUUAUCAUGAGGACCAAGAUAGAAAGAAACAGCUGUGGAGGUUUAUUGUUAUUUUCCACAGAUAUGUUUUAGUUGGGUUUUUUCCUGUGCACAAACAGUUUUCUACUGCUAAGCACAUUAAGUUGUCCAGUAAAAUCAAGUGAGAUAUUCAGUCAGGCAGUUCUAAUUGAACUGGGUUAUAGCCUAGAUUUCUGUUAUAAGACUUUCCAAAACAUGCUUAAAAUAAUGGGUAUUCAAAAAUUGUUUCUUGUAGGACUGGUUUAAACCAUUGGCUUCUACAUAGUUUUUCUGUUCUAUCAGGCCUUAGAUACAUUGCUAUUUACUUUGCACAUUGUUCACCUCUUAUCCAGAAUUUUCAUCUCAUUUUAUGUAAUUUUUAAAUAAAUAGUUGCGUCUUAAGUGGUAAGAGGAAAAUAUCCUUAAGAAGUACACAAAUGUUUAGCUUCACAUUAGAAAAUAAAUUUGCAUGAUUAAAUUUUUUUUUCUCUGCUUUGAGUGAGCAGACCUAAUGUCACAGUAAAUAUUUUCUGCCUCAAAAGCUCAUAUUAUUCUUCUUAAUGGUCUCAUUAACAAAAUAAAUCAAAAUUUAUCAUUAAGACAUCACAGUGAACUCUUUAAGGAAACAAUUUGCACUGGAAGAAUCAGUUGCUAAGUAUUGCCAACAGCUGUAUUUGUUUCCUGUCUUUUUGACCCAUCCCCAUUUUCACCCUUUCUCACCUCCAUUCUCUCCAUCUAUCAUUCUCCAUUUUGCUUUUUCAUUUUUCUUUUGGUAGAUUUGUUUAAAGGGUGAAUGCUUCAGUGUUCUACCAGCUGCUGACCUUUGUGAAGCCUGUGACUAGUAAAGAUGGAUCUAGAAGUGGAUCCUCCUUGCUUGUGGCAUUUCACAGUGCAUAGAACUCAUAUGCCAUCUUUAUUACUAGUAUCAGAAUGCUUCUAUUGUUUUGGUAGUAUAUAAUGUAAGAGAUAACUAACAAAACUGUAUUAAUAUAGCUAGUGUGUGUAUGUGUGCAAGUACACACAUCACUCAUGCAGACACACCUAUUCCUGCUCUCAUGUGCUUCCCAAAUGUAGAUAAAUUUUCAAAAUUGCAAAAAGUACAAGUAAUUUCUUGUUUUGGACUUAAGCAUUCUAAUAGAUCAUAAAAUAGUUCUCUAUACUUUUGCUAAAUUAAUACUAUGCUUUAAGUAACGGUCAUAGUGGUCAAUAAAUCUGUUGGGUCAAAAGUGUCAUCUAUUCUUGGAACAUAACUUGCAGAUUUUCCAGUACUGCAUAGAGCUAAUAAUUACAAAUAUCCUUAAAGUUUGAAAAUAAAGUUAUAAACUUAAUUAUACUUUACAUAAAGGUUGCAUUAGUGUUAGAAUGGUUCUCAGGUUCAAAAAUCUUCGUUUUAUGUGUUAAAUGUAGAAGGGGGUCAUGUAAACAUGCAGCACUUUUCCACCAAAGUAUAAAAAAAAAGAUGAUGGCUGAAGAAUGAUGAUAUCAGCAAAAUAAGGACUGUGCAGCUGUAAUGUAGCUGAUGAAGUGUCUUUCCUCUUAUUCCUUAAAGCCUUGGUAACAGUUGCUACUGAUGUAGAUCCUAGCCAUUAUAGAGUUUCUUUACUGUAUGCUAAAGUCUUAGUCAUACUGACCUUCCUUAUUAGAGAUUUUGAAACAGAGCCAGCCAUACCGACAUGAAAAGUCUCAGUUACUAAGAUAUGGCGACUCCCAUACUGGACAUUGCCCUUCUGGCUGUCACCAGGCAGUCAAGACCUCUUUAAUAGCAAAGUGUGUUGUGGUGUGAUGAUAUUAAUCUGUUUGCUGUUGUGCACCAGUGGUGGAGAGUUUUCACUUGAGCAUGAGUCUGGCAGGCUAUUUUAACAGAUUGGUAAUGCAUGUGAACUGUGCCUCUUCAAUUUUCAGUUUCUGUUUGAGAUUUGUCUCUCUCCCCUACUUUUUGAGUUUUAGUUGGUUUUUUUUUUUUUAACUGGCAUGAAAUCUGCAGCUACAAAGGACCACAUUUCAUUGAAAAGCAUCAGUCAUGUUUUUCUUGAUAGGGUGCCCUCCAUCAUUUUGAAAGUCUCAUUAAAUUUAAUUUAGUUAUGUCACUUUAGGUUCACUUCAAGAUCAUGGUAUUGAAAUGACAAGAAUGAAUGGCUUGAUAAUUUUGCUGUCAAAACAUAGUUCAGAGAUUCAGUGUAUCUUACUCAUAUUACUGCAUGCAUUUGUACACAGAGCAUCAUGUUCUUUUUAUUGUGGUUCCAUGUUAAAGUUAAUGUAAAAGUCCUUUUUAAGUCAUACUGGCAUAAUCUAAGUUGCGUGAAAGAAAAUACCCUCAUUUUUUAGAAAUUUGAGUAUUUCUAGAAAGAUACUGGCUUCACAAAUUAAAGCAAGCUGGUAUUUAAAAAAUAAGGAAUUGAGGAUUGACACUAAGUAAAAAGAUGACAGCAGGAGGGUUAAGACUUUCCAUAGCUCAUUCUCUUACUUUUCAUUUCUCUCCUCCUUUUCUUCUUUCUCAUCCUGCUAGAUUUCUUUGAAUUCAUAUUAAUCAUUUAUACACCAGGUGCCAAAGAUAAACAAGGUUAAGGUCUUUUUUUAUUUCAAUGUCCACCUGUAUGCUCAAGAAAAGUAAAUGGCAAAUACCUUCACAAAUGUUUCAUCAUUUAUUUUCUGUCUUCCAUAUCUUCUCUUACAGAAUGACAUAAGCAUUGUUCCAAAUAUCAUAAAAAGACAACUGUUACUUGGGUUUUCUUUUAUCAUUUAUCUUUCCCCAACUUAUUUCCAGUGUUCUUUCUGCAGUUCAUAGGAUAAAACUAUGUGGAGUAACAUUUCUUGGGAAAUAAACGUCUCUAUAAUAGUUCAAUUUUAUUAAACAUUAAACUAAAGGCACAUGAUGAUGUGGAUUUGAGUUUAUUUCCUUUCUGCGCAUUUUAUUAUAUCAUAAUUUUUUAUUGCUAUCCACCAAGUGUUAAAGCAGUUCCACCCUUCUAUAAGUGAAACAAAUAUAAAAGAGAUUCUUGUGUUGAAAUGUGCUGAUUACAAUAUUCUUCAGUAACUGCAGUAAGCUGGUACUCAAUUUUUGGUUUUCAAACAUUCUAGCAUACUCUCUUCCCCCUUCACCAUUUUCCUUUUUUAGUUUUCCUAAAACAAAGUACAAAGUUGGAGGGAAAAAGAUUGUCUGAAUAGUAAGUUUGCUAAUAAAAGUAUGUGAUAUAAAUUUUUGAACUUGACCUUCAUACUUGACGUGGUAAAGUACAACGCAUGCUAUAUAAAAUUAUGGGUAGCUGCAUAAAAAUUAAAGUUGCAACAAGACUUUCGUUUCAUACUGUGACUUUCCAAAUAGGGUUUAUGCAACAGACUGAAGUACCUUGUCUUCCUUGAGCAAACUUUCUUUGUUUAUGAGGCAUCCAUUCUUGAGAAAGAUUUUUGUUUCAUGAAGAGAAGACAAAGUAUAAAUUUUAGUUUAAAAUAUAUUUUUUAAGUGAUUGGUUAAAUGCAACAUUAUGUUAUUAAAAUGUUAUGUGAAAGUUUUGUUUAGCUUGUACAGACAUUGUUUUUAAAAAUCCAAAACACAUUCAUGCAUUAUUACAAUUCUUCUCCCUAUUUCUCAAGAGCAAAGGUAGCAAUAUGGCAGAAUCUAGUUAGAGCAUAGUUCAGACACAAUAUGUUAAAAUAAUGUGCAGCACUUUUUGCAAAAUUUAUUGACAGUCUAGAUCAAAAAUGAAGGAAUAUAAAGCUGAAGGUAUAGUGAGAAAGAAAAAAACGGAAGAAAAAAGGAAGCCGGUAAUUACAGCUUCAAAGACAACAUUUUCUUAGUGCAGUAGUACUUUCCAUAGAAUGUGUAAAUAAUUUAUCGCUACAAAAUGACCUUCCCUUUUGCUUUUCUAAGUUUGACUUAUUUCUUUAAAAGUGUAGAUGUUUUUUCUUGGUAGCGGGGCUGUGGGAAGGAGGGGGGUUGUUAAUGAUGGCGUGGCCUUAGAAGUUAAAGAGGUCUCCUCAGGCGUUUUCCAUCAUACUAAGCUACAUCAGCAGCGAAGUAGCAUCAAGUAUAGUUAUUGAAAUCAGCUAAUUUUUAAAGACUGUGUACAAUAUGUAAUGAAUGAAAUCCAUUUCCUAAUGCCGUUUACUCACAAAUCCUGCAUUAUCCAUGUUAAACCCAUAACCACAGCAGACAAAAGCCAUUCUGCAUCUAUCAAGAUAUACUAAAAGUCAUGAAAGAAUUCUUCUCUGCAAAAAGGGCAUUCUAAAAAUGGAAAACUAAGGAUCAUUUGCCUGCAGGAGUGACCAAUGUGGUCUGACAAACAUUCCAUGUUUUUCAGCAUCUUAAUCGGAAUAAAUAAGAGUAAGUUUUUCUUGCCAUUUACUUAUCUAGCAAAUAAAUUUAAAACUGGUUUUGCAUUCCGCUUGUGUUCCCUGUCUGAUGGAUUAUCAUUCCUCUGUUGCUCCUUCUUUGUUGUAAGGUCUUUGCUUAACUAGGCCAAAAAACAAAGCUUAAGGAAUUAUUUAUGUAGUGGGUUUGUAUCCACCACCCCCAUCCCCAGGUCUGCACUCUUCUAACUGUAAUCUCCCCCCCCCUCCCAACAGCUCCCUUCCCCACUUUCACCUUUUAAAUGUAAUGGAAUACACAAAAGACUUCUGUCUUCCACCGUCUUUUCAUCCCUUAAUCUCUUUGUGUUCAAACUACCAAUGCCUACAGCUGUUCUCUGAUAUUACAGUAAUAAGAAUAUGAGGCUGGCAUGACAUGGCUGACCAGGCAUUUCGGGGGUUUGGUUUUGUUAUGCAGACUUUAGAACCACAAGACUUAAGAUGUAACUAUGUCAAGUUUAUUUAUUCUGUUGAGUACUGUUCAUUUACAGAUGAAUCAACUAUUGUGUACACUUCCUAGAAGAUUGUGACCAAACAGCUUUGCAAACACAUGCAUGUUAUGAAAAUAGGAGGAAAAUUAUGCUCAUUUUCAUUUUGCUUGAAUGCAUAAAAGGGUGUGAAUACUUAAAAGUUUUUCAACCAUCCCCAUUGCCAACAAAAGUUUCUUGCCAAUCAUAUUACCAUUCUUCCAUUGCUUGUGCAUGCAUUUAUUUAUAUUUUUAUUAGUGUAUUGAGUCUGUGUCACUGGAUUUAUCAUGUAGGUGUGUGCAGUGUGUAAGUGUUGUUUUCUGGGGUUUUUUGGAACCUCUUGUGUUGCCUUACCCAUUUAUGAAACUAACUGUGAAGACUUGCAGUGAUGCAUGGUGUUUCAGUGACUGACCUCUCACUAGCCGUGUGUUCACAUUUCACACAUAUCACUAGCCCAUCUUCUUGUUCAGGGGUGUUCAUCAAAGAGCAAAGGUAGGCUAAACUCUAAUAAGGCUCAAAGAGUUAGCACACAUUACCAGCAGUCUGUAUAUUUCUGGGUUUUUCACUGGCAAGCCCACAUGCGCAUGGAUGAAAUUAAUGCCUUUGAAAUUUGAAGGAGAAUGUCAAAUUCAUUACGAAAAUGCAUACUCAUACUGCAUGCAAAAGGUUCUGAAAAUGAUAUAGAAACUGGUUGAUUCUGGAUCUUUGUGUCAUUGCCUCAUGAAUUUCAUUGUGAUUGUGGACCAUUACUGACUGCUUCAAUGAGAGCAUAAUCUUAAGAAUAUGAAGUAUAUAUAUGUUGUUCAGUGAGCGUGCUGUGACAAUUGUGUCCAUUUUCCUAUUGAAGUAAGUCAGUAGAGAAGUAGUGUCAUAAUCCUGUGUUUCAUUUUUGAGAAUAUAUUUACAGUUGUUUGAAGUAAAGGAUCCUUAUAGCUUUUAAGCUGCUACGAAACCAGUGGGUGAAUGCUGGACGGUGGAACAGUCUUGCAGAUGUGAUUCCUCGUCCUGAAAAGUUACUUUUUUUUCUGGUAGAAAACAGAUCUUAAGAGACCCAGCAUCUUGCUUGUUUUCUUGCUUCUUCCAUCUUGACUGUUCUGACUUUGGGAUUUUUAGUCUUUAUCUUUAAACCUAUGGUGCAAGCUAUAGGUUUACCAGUUUUCUGUUGGUGUGUGUUUACCCAAUUGUCUACAGUCUUUUGUUUCUGUUGUAUUUCAAAGUUGGGUUGAUUAGAGUGGUUUUCAGAUUGCCUUCGAAUAGGAUCUGGCCAUGGUUUUGUUGAGUUGAUGCUUAUUUCAGUUGUUCAUCAAUUAGCACCACCAUUAGCCUUGUGUUGUGAGAAAAAGGUGUAUAUUGAUCUUGUGUCUUACCAUUAUUCUCUUACACCAAGAUGUAGUAUUUCAUACACCAGUGUUAUUUAUACUGUUUUUAUGUAUCAGUGUGUGUGUGCGUGCAUGUUUAUUUCCUUGUACAGUGGCCUUUAUAUCUGUAGUAGAGUAUCCCUGGUCUGUUUUAGUACUAUGUCCUGUGUGGUAUCUGCACAGGAAAUCAUUAGAUCAAGGGUUUUACACAAGACUAUAAUGGUGGCUUGCAAGGUAAUUCUUGUGUUGUGAUAGGAAAUGCUGGAGGACAAAUAUAAAAAAGAAACCAUUUCACAUUAGAUUGAUAUCAGUGUAAAUUUGUAAUUGUAGAGAACAUUAGCACAAGCUUUGCAAGCUUCACAAAUCUGCAUGUUAAAGCAGAUAAAUAAUAUAUUAAAGUAAUUUUCAUUAGAUAACUACCUAGAAUAAUGCCAGGACAGACUGGAGGAGAGAAGCCAAAAGAUAACAGUUUACUGAAAAACCAGACUUAAAUAAUACUCAUCGCAGUAUCUUAUCUGAGUGGCUGGUUUGGUUGCCGGUUGUUUGCAUUUGAUUCCAAGCAUGCAAGCACAUGGACUAAAUGCUUGCACCUGAUUCAGCACUGGAUUAUGUUUGUGUAUUGUGUACAUUCCAUACCAUUAGCUCCAUGCUUAUAAACCAAGACUUAAUCCAUAAUGAUGCAGUACUUUAUGAGAGAAAAUAUUUUAAUCUUCAACACCUACAGUAACAUCCUUUUGACAGAGCUUGAAGCAGUUGUUGGAUUCCUUGAGAUCAUGUUUGUAAAGAACUAUGUGCCAAAAGAGGAUUUACUUUGCACCUCAUAAAUACAAAAAUCCAGAGUAAUGCCUUUUACAUUGAAAGCUCAAAAUUUAGUUAUUGAAGCUGUGUUAUCAUGCUUUAAAACAAAACAAACAACAAAAAAAAUCAAAAAAGCCUAAAGGCUGAUUACAUUAUUGAGUUUAAGAAAUAAGGUUUUUCCCAACAAUAAUGCAUGCUGUUUUCAUCUGUGGUUCUGCAUUAUGAAUAGAUUGUAGUUAUGUUUUGUACUCUGGGUACAUUCUGAAUCUGUAGAGUGUGUGGGUAGUCAGCACUUGUGUUACGAUGGCAUACCUCUCUCAAUGUGCUUCUGCAAAAUUUUUAGUUCCUCAGAAUUUUGUUGAUAGACUUUGUCGCCAGCAACCAUUUCCAGAAUUUAUUCAAAAAAAGUGUUUAUAAAGUAGAGCCUUGUUUGGGCAGAUGUACAUACAAACAUUUUUUUUUUUUUUUUUUUGUGUUGAUAAAACUAUGCUGAUAGUGCUAUGUAGGAAAUUAUAUAAUAUAGACAUAGCUACUUCAGGCACAAUUACGAAACCAUUAUAAAUGAAUGUCCCAAGCUUGUCAGCAUAGUUUUUACUCUUAGGUGAUGCUGUUCCUAAUCUGUCUCCAACACCAAAUCUCAAAACAGAAAAAUUUGUUUUUACUUAUUUCUUUCUCUAUUUAAAAACAUUCAUUUGGUUCCGCACAUUUUUUUGUGUGUGUGACGCAAUGCUUAUCAGUAGUGUGCAUUUUUUUAAAGUUUAAAAAUUGAUGAAAGCACGUUUUCCCUUAUGUACACAAGAGGGCCAUGAGCGCUUUCACAAACGCAUAUUCAUGGCAAGAACAGCAUUAAAGCUGAUCCACUCAUCCAGUCAUCCCUAACUUGUCUUUUGCACUCAAACAUUUGUUUAAUCAGCUUGAAACAGAAGCUGUAUGCCAUCUAUCACGCGGCACGCUGGGUGCAUGUUAUUGGGGUGCUUCAAAGUUGAACACUUAUUUUCAUCAGGAGCGGGUAAGGGUUCGUUCUUAAUGUCGAUGGCUGAGCACCGAGUUAUCCCAUGUUCUGUCACAAGUUUUGUUCUGGCCUCCAUUGACUCCCAUUACACCUUGCUUGGUGUGGAUGGGUUCAAUUUGAACUCGGAAGAGAUGUCUUAAAGUACAUAUAAGGGCCGAGUUACAGGAACGAGACGUGGAGAGUUUUUCAUGCGUUCCUACCCUAAAUGUGCAUUAUUUGGUAACUACUGUUACAGCUUGGCAUUGUUACAUUGUGUUGAAGCAUGGGUCCGUUCCACUGUCCCAAAAGUUCAAUCAUGUUAAGGUUAAGAGUGUUGUUAAGAGAAGAAAACCCGUUGAAGUUGACACAAAUUGUCUUUCAUAACUGAUCAGUAUGUGGCUGAAGUUCUAGAACUUCAGGCACGUUUCUGUGUACUUACUGUAAAUUACUUUAAUGAUGUGGUGAAAUAAGUGUGCUGAAGGCACUGCAUCAGUUGUCAACGCAAUAGACAAAGAUUGAGGGUGGUUUACUCUGUUCCUGCAUCUUAUCUCCAUGACAAGAUUCUCUCUGUCUUAGGAAGGUAUCACGUUAGGUUCACGUGUGUUUAUGUACCAUUAGAGAUACAUGAUCAUUUGUGUCCACUAACACCUUUCCUAGUCCAGUAUCAUUUCAUCUCAUUACGCCAUUCAGUCUCUUUUUUUGUACAAUGUAAAUAUGUUCUGUAUGAAUUCUCCCAUUCCCCCACCUACCCAGCAGUUGUCCGCUUUUGAAAACUUAAAUGUAGCAUUCAAUGAAUAAAUGCUUGAUAUGAACA